GAAAAUGAGACAUUUAGCUGCUCGAUUUGUUCCAAAGCUUGCAGAAAAUAUUAUUUCACUUUCAAAUCAAUGUCAAUUUAACAUUACUCCGCUUCAUGUUGUUGACCCAAAUUUGGAUUUUAGAGAGGAAUUUGCAAACGUUGAAAAAUUGAAGGAAAAUCUUAAGAAAAGGCAAAUGUUCGAUUCAGUUUCAAAUUUGCCUAAAAUUAAAGACGAUUAUUUUCGCUGGUGGAAGGCUUACAGCAACCUGGUUAAUUGUGGUGUGGAUAAAAAGGACCCCAAUCAACGCGAUAAAUAUAUUGAGGUUAGAAGCGAAUUACUUAAACAUUCUGAAGGGCUUUUGGGUGCAUUGGCUUUGCCCAAUUAUUUGGAUGUUGAACCAGAAAUUAAUCAAAAAUUUGUUUUGAACAACUUUAUUGGGAAAGAUUUGGAUGAGAUUGUGGAAAAUGUGAGGUUUGGUGUUAAAAUUAAGUAGAGGGGUGUUGGGUGGGAUGGGUAAGGUUGAGGAAAAUAAAAAGUGGGAGGGUAGGAUUGGGGGGUUUCGAAGGUUUUUCGGGUUCGGAUUUUGGGUCGAAAAUGUCCAUGGUUUGAUUUUUGGUUUCGGGUAGUCCGUCCCCUUCGUUUGAAGUAGAUUGGGGUCUACUCAUUUGGGUUUGGUUUAGC